AAGCAUGAGUCUUUUCCAGCCAUCUUGUGGCAUCUAGCAGCGAAGCGCUCGCACAAGCCCCGUAGAAUCGGAGGAGAAUCCUGCUGAAAGGGGGCCAUCAUGCCCGGACAACUGCAAGAAGGCUUCGGCUGUGUCGUAACCAAUCGGUUCGCCCAGCUAUUUGAUGAUGAAGAUGAUCCGUUUGAGGCGUUAAAGCUGGCAGAAAAGAAGAAGAAGGACGCGACCGCUCCUGGUGCCGCCAAGACCGCCGCGCAGGCUGCAAAGCAGCUCAAAAAAGAGACACAGAAAGACAGGAAAGUCCCGCUUCUCGACAAGAAAGAAGAGACACAAGCUCCCGUUCCUCUCAAGAAAGAUGGCAUGAAAAAAAUGGGCCGCCGACCGGAGCAGCCAGGUCAGCCGGGACAGCCAGGACCCCAGCAGCAGGGAGGUCAGGGGGAGGGUCGUCCACCAGCUGACAGGCGGCCUGACAGGAGGCCACCACGUGAACGACGCUUUGACAAACCCGCUGAUGAAAAACCUGCUGAGGGUGGAGAAUUCUCUGUGGAGAAGUCUGUCAGUGACAGGCCAUUCCGGGGUCGUGGAGGUGCCAGAGGAGGACGCGGAGGCCGGGGCAGAGGCGUUGGCAGGACUGACGGCUUUGACUCGCGCGGCAAACGAGAGUUUGACAGACACAGCGGCAGCGACCGAUCCAGCCUGAAAGCAGAAGAAAAACGCGGAGGGGGUGGAUCUCAUAACUGGGGCACCGUUAAGGAUGAGUUGAGUGAGCUUGACCAAUCAAAUGUCACCGAGGACACCCCUGAAGGAGAGGAACAUCCACCUGCUGACUCGGAGAACAAGGAGAAUGAGGCUGAGGAGGUUAAAGAAGAAGGCCCUAAGGAGAUGACUCUGGAUGAAUAUAAAGCCCUACAGGAUAAAGAGAGAGCCAAAGUGGAAUUCAACAUUCGUAAAGCCAACGAGGGAACCGAUUGGAAGAAAGGAUAUGUUCUGCACAAGUCCAAGGCUGAGGAUGCCUCUGGUGAUGAUGCCGCUGAGGACCACAGCUUCCGCAGGCCAGCUAAUGACAUUACAUCCCAGCUGGAGAUUAACUUUGGGGACCUGGGCCGCCCAGGGCGUGGUCGUGGGGGACCACGAGGUGGCAGAGGUGCCCGUGGGGCCCCUGCUGCCAGACCACCUCGUGAACGCAGGCCAGACAAGGCUGGUGGAGUGUCUGUCCCUAACGUGGACGACCCAGAGGCUUUCCCAGCCCUGGCUUAAGCUGCCCAGAUGCCACCCGGCUCGCCCAGGAGGAACACUCCUCCACGGGUCCUUGUCUACGAGGCUUGCAUGCUAAUGGAUCCUUCAGCAGAUGAAAUGAUGGAAGACUGUCAUCCAUGCCAUUCACCCCUGAGGACUGAAUUUUACCUGUUUUAGAAAAAAAGAUGAAAAAAUAAAAAAACAACAAAAAAACAAAA